GUUCUUUGCGUCACGACAUUGAAUUCUACCGAGUCUCUCAGCAGCCUCCUCUAUUCUGCCGGUCUUACAGCAUCCGACCGCUCUUUAUCACAGAGAUGCAAUGACCACAUACGACACUAGGUGAUAUUUACCGUUCACAGUGUCUCGAAUAUUGAGCCGCCGCGCGCAGUCGCGGGUGCUUGCGCGCAUACCCUAUAAAUACACAAGAUGGAGCAGCAAUAACAACGAGGUCGGCCGGGCCAGGGUUCAAGGAACUGAGUCUUUGAGUGGCAACAACCAUGGCACCCACCCGCGUCGACCAGCAGCACCUCCUUGCAGCAACAAGGCCGAUUCUGCACCAGAUAAAGAACCGCAAAUGCCGGUCAAUUACGAUUUCCCUUUCAAUGUACCAAGCCUGCUUGUUCCUGUUCUACCCACUCCGGAACUCCAGCAGCGCUACUUUCCCGUUCAGAAGCGCACCAGAUCUCAGUCGUCGAGCCCAUAUGAAAAGUCAGAAUCCUUUGCGGUGGCGAUGCGUAGAGCAGAGAGAAUGACCGAAUACUCCAAUCUUCCCACGAAUUACGACUUCCCCUUCGGCAUCCCUUCGCUAUUGAUAGACACUUAUUCACCCUCUGCAAUAGACCUCCGAAGUCCACCAACAUCGCCGCCGGCGGACGCCAGGAAUGGAAACAACCCCGAACCUAGCUCGUCUAAGGGACUAUCAAAUAGAAGUGAAGGGGAGAGGGCAAAUCUUAAGACUGCUGCUGCUGAUGCUGGCUUGACUGAGUCAAACAUGACUGGCGAACCGGGCCUCGAAAGUCAACGAUCAUUGCCGCCGGCAGAAGCCAGGAAUGAAACCCCCACAUUUAGCUCGCCGCCGGGGACAGAAUCAAAGAAAUCUAAAAAGAAGAAAAAGAAGCGGUCAAGCGAAACAGUCGUGUCUAUCUCGGGAGGCCCAUUGGUCCCUCAGCCACAGCACCGGAGUCUUUUGGCUCGAGAAGUCGAAGAAGGUCUAACCCGGUUGAAGCCAACGCAUGUGCUUGCUUCCAACAUACACUCGACCUACAUCGCCCACUCCUUGUCAUUGGUCGAGCAGCUUCCACCUGUGACAUUUCUCCUUCCGGGCGAGUUACAAAAGUAUUGGAUCCGAGAGGGCCAACAGAUACGAGUAUUGCGUGGCUCUGACGUGAUUUCUUCCGGGAGACUGGCUGCUGAAGGUUUGUCUUCAAGGAGAGACAGCGGAGAGGACCACAUUGAUCAGUUGGUGGUGACUACGCGUGCCGGCAAGGUUCUGAAGGAACUUGCGCCUCUGGCUCCGCGGAUAGACAACAAAACAGUCAUCUGCCUCAUUCAGGAUGCACUUGGCCUUCCUCAGUUUCUCAACGAGCGUCUGUUUCAAAAACCUGAGAGCCGCCCUAUGUAUGUCUUGGGUCACAUGACCCAUCUACCGCGGCACAUACGCGAUGGCUCUGACUUUUACCGUUUUGCAAUUGGUGAAGAGCCGGAAAUGGGGCGACUAUACCUCACUGCGUUGCUUGGGGAGGUGGACCAGUUUGCGACCCUACAGAAGCAUCCGCCGCCCAACUUCGUUGGUGCUCAUGAGCAUUUUCUAUACGGAAUGUCAACAGACAAGAAGCUCGAUGUGCAAACUCUACCAAUGGGUCAAUUCCUACAGCUCAAGUUGACCAAACUGAUAUUUCUGGCUACCGUUGAUAGCACUGUGGCCCUGCUGGACUGUGAGUACAGCGAGCUGGCUCGUCUUGAAAGCGGACUUGGGCUGGUGGAACAUAUGCUCGAUGAGAUCCGCAACGUCAUAGCCAGGUUACCGGAACUGGACACAAACCCGAAAUUCCGCAGCUACGUGGAAAACCGCUAUCUACGAGGCGAGAUUAUAGCCAGGCUGCGGUCUCUCAACCCGUCAAGGGACAGCGAGCUGCGUUCGUUUGUGUUGCAUGGCAGUGACCUCGACAUUGAACACACGGCCGGAUGGUUUGUCAAGCGUGGUCGGGAGCUGGGUCUGCAACUGCCUACGACGUGGUCGGUAAUGGAGUCAGUCAAGGCCAAGGCCAAACUUAUUCGCAAGCGCAAUCAAGCCGCUGUUCUGUUUCAGCAAUGAAAACAACAUAGGCACAACUACCUGAAGCAGCUUUUUGAGCGUCCUCUGGGGACCUGUAUAAUAUGAACUUUGUUGUAAACCUAGUUACAUGGGUUGUGUGGACUUUUCUCCACACUUGUACUGUACUUAAUCCGGAGAUGUUAAAUCUAUAAACUAACUCUAGACUUGCAAUGUUAUUUGAUAUACAGACAUACAUGUUUACAACGAUUUUUUAAUGCCGG